UAUGUCUAACAGCCAUUUUUGUAAAACACAAACAACAAGACGACCGAGCGAGACAGAAAAAAAAACUCAUCGCGACCGUUGCAGAUACAGGGGAAAAUAUAUAAACAAUUCAGCAUCGAACUCACACAAGACGAGUUUUGAAAACAGAGACGUGCCAGUGGUUCAAACCAUCGGUUCCUGCGAAGCACGUACGUGCAAAAGGAGUGAGUUCUUUAAAGAAGAUCCAACUCUGGAGAAAACAGUGGAUGGCUAGUUUAGCCUAGCUUGGCCAGCAGGCUCGCAGAAGAGGUGGUAGGAGUUGGGAGUUGAAUGCUUGCCUGCGAAACAAUAACUUUGAAUAUAAGUAAAAGCGAUCAAGAAUUAAGAGAAAGGUUACCCAGCAAUAGUUACGGCAUUACAGACUGCCCUGAGCGUUUUUCAAACAGCAGUUGCUGUUAUUUAUGCUGCCACAAAUUCUUAAUCCUAGUGUAUGUUUUUCUCUUUCUCUCUAGUGUUUUCAAAUUGCUGAAUCUUUUUUUUUUUUAAGAUUUGAAGUUGCUGGCACAUUAGGGUGGCGUGCCAUAUUUUGGAGCUCUUAUAUCUGGCUAGAUAUCCAUCAGCCGUUAUCUCUCUGAAACUGGCAGCUAUUAUAAUAUUCAUACAGAGUUUAGAAUUACCAAGUCCACCUCAGCGCACAGAACCACCGUACCGGUCCUGACAGAACCACCUCAUUCCUGUCCCCCUUUCAUACUGGUCCUUUACAGUCCUGUUCUUUGGACAAGAAAUCCCGAGCCCUCUGGACAUACAGAAUAUGACUGCUGAGACACUUAACUUCGGUCCAGAAUGGCUCCGUGCACUAUCCAGAGGGGGGAGUGUAACGUCCCCUCCCCCUUCCCCUGCAAUGCCAAAGUCCAAGUUGGCCGACUACCGCUAUGGCCGCGAGGAGAUGUUAGCACUUUAUGUCAAAGAUAACAAGAUCCCUGAGGACAUGCAGGAUAAGGAGUUCGCUGCUAUCCUGCAGGAAGAGCCUCAGCAGCCAUUGGCCUUGGUGCCCCUGACUGAGGAGGAGCAGAGAAACUUCUCCAUGUCUGUAAACAGUGUGGCUGUGCUAAGGCUUAUGGGUAAAGGAGGUGGAGCUGUACCGGCAGGUGUAGCUAGAGGGCGUGGAAGCACUCGAGGGGGUCGAGGGAGAGGCAGAGGAGAGAGCGGAUUCUACCAAAGAAGUGUGGAUGAAGAGGUCGGUUUUGGCCGAGGCCGAGAGAUGCACCGCAGUCAAAGUUGGGAUGACAGAGGUGAGCGGCGCUUUGAAAAGCCCUUGAGACGUGAUAGUGGACGUGGUGGUUUUGAGGAGGGAGGAGCAGGAGGAAGGAAGGACUAUGCACGCUCAGACAGCGAAAACUGGCGUACGCUCAGAGAGGAGCAGGAGGAGGAUGAUGGGACAGAACCUGGGGGAAGCUGGAGGAUUGCUGGAGGCCGUCGUGAUGAGGGGGGUCCACGUUCAGCAGGUUGGCGGGAUCACGUUAGUGGGGAUGGUCGGCGUAGGAAGUUUGACUUUGACUUCCGAGAUGGUGAAGGUGGACGUAGAAGGGCUGGAAGUGAGGGAGGAGAGGAAGAGCGAGAUGGCCUGCCUGAGUGGUGCACUGAUGAAGAAGAAGGGGAGAUGGGAACCUUUGAUUCUUCUGGAGCCUUCAUGUGUAUUAAGAAAAACUCCAGAGAUGCAAUCCCUGAAGACCAGGAACUGGAAUUUGAAGCUCUAGAGGAGGAAGAGGAGGGUGGUCAAGAGAAGAAUGACAGCCUUGCUGAUAAAUCGGACACAUGUGAAGCAAUAGCCGUAUGUGAUGGAGACAGAAAGUCAUCAUCUCCUCAUGCUGUGUCUGCUCCUGCCCCUAUGCACCCCGUUUCAGAAGAAGAAAUUCCCAAACCCAUAGUCACUCCUCCUUCAAAACUUGCACCCCAACCGUCUGAAGAUGCAGCUCCAGCAGGUGGCACCACAACGCAGAUGCAGAGCUCCUCUCCUCCCUCAACCACUGGUACUGACCUUCCAACAGCAGGGGGAGACACUGAGGAGGAAGAUGGCAUGAAGCACCUUCAACAGGAGGCUGAGAAGAUGGUGGCGUCCCUGCAAGACACGUCCCUUGAAGAGGAAUGUUUCACUCAAGCUCUUCAAGAGAGCCACAUCACUGCGGCUCACACUCACACACACCCAAAUGCACACACACACUCUCACUCUACUUCACACACUCUCUCACACUCUGCCAGUGCUCUGCCCCUCUCCCAUGAAUCCGCAAUGAAGUGGUUCUACAAAGACCCUCAAGGGGAGAUUCAAGGUCCAUUCACUACAGUGGAGAUGUGUGAGUGGUUUCAGGCAGGGUAUUUCACCAUGAACCUGCUGGUCAAACGUGGCUGUGAUGAGGGAUUUCAGCCCCUAGGUGAAGUUAUCAAGAUGUGGGGGCGUGUGCCUUUCUCUCCCGGACCCUCCCCUCCUCCAUUGCUGGGGAACAUGGACCAGGAGGUGUUAAAGAAACAAUUAGAACAAGCUGCCACUGCAGCCCUAUACCAACAACUUCAGAUGAGAUUUCAGCACAUGAACAGGUGUGGGGAGACUGGGAUGAUGCCUGCGAUGAACAGGUCCAUGUCAGUGCCAGACACCGGGCCCAUGUGGGACAUGCCUACCUCAGUCUCUCAGCAGUCAGGCGGUGAGACCAAUCUGUGGGACUUAACCAUGAGUAACUCCACUCAGGGUCCAACUCUUGAACAUUUGCAGAAAAUCCAGCAGGAGAGGCGUGAAGCUGAACUCAGGAAGCGUGAAGAAGAGGAGAGGAAGCGGAGGGAGGAAAAGCGCCGACAGCAGGAGGAACAGAAGAGGAGAGAGGAGGAGGAGCUUUAUAGACGAAAACAGCAGUGCCGUCAACAGCAAGAACUGAUCAUGAAGUUUCUGCAGCAGAGUCAGCAGCAGCAGAGCGUGCCAGGGGGCGCAGGAUGGAGCGGAAGCCAGACAGCUCUGUCUCUGGGCAAAGCUUCCGGAAAGAGCAUGGGAAUCCUGGAGCUGGAGGCAGAGAGACUUCACAAACAGCAGCAACAGAGAGCUCAGCAGCAGCAAAGGCAUGGAGGUUUGACAAUGGGCCAGUGGAGUGAUGGGCCAUCUGGGAUGUGGUCAGGAGCUGGCAUGGAAGGCAAGGUCGGAGGUGGCAACCCUGCUAUGGGCAUGUGGGAUGAGGCCAUGAAGAACCAGUCCAGCCAUCGCAACAUUGGCCUGAAGAACAGCCGCAGCAGUCCCUCUCUCAGUGAUCAGUACUUGCUGAAUCGGCGUAAGCGUACUGACGAUGAGGAGAGGCUUCUGAAGCUUCUUCAGGGGAUGAAACCUCAGGACGGUUUCACCACUUGGUGUGAACAGAUGCUCCAUGCUCUCAACACCUCUGCAAAUAACUCCUCCUCAGUGGAUGUGCCCACCAUUGUGGCAUAUCUGAAGGAGGUGGAGUCUCCAUAUGAAGUUCAUGACUUUAUCCGUAUUUAUCUGGGCGAUACCAUUGAAGCCAAAGAGUUUGCCAAGCAGUUCCUGGAGCGCCGUGCCAAACAGAAAGCGAACCACCAGAGACAACAGCAGCAGCUGUCCAAGGAAGUCUCUGGAUUGAACAUGAACUUCCCCCUGCAGUCAAUGUUCCAGGCAGCUCACAUGAGUAAGGGCGGCAGUGUGUACGACACUCAGGGAGGAAAAGCGAAGAAAAAGCCUAGCAUGAUGCUCCAUUCUGACCCCAGUAUCCUCGGCUACUCAUUCCUGGGGGGAGGUGAGCUGGAGCAGGUGGAGGAUUACUGACCCAGCCCGUCUACUUGAGUUUACCUGAGGCCUUAAACCUGGAGCAAAUCAGCAGAGGAAUGUGCACUGCUCAGUGAGGGAAGGGAAGGGCAAUAUUUGUCCACACCCCCUCUCUCUUUCUCCCUCUUUCUCUCACUCUGCACUGUGAGAGGAGCAGAAGGAGGUUAUUGGGAGGUUCGGUGUGAAGAGGAGAUCCUCUUCUGCCUCCCUUCAGUAAAGCACCUUACCUAAACCAUUGCACUUUAAUGUUUUCAUAUUUGAAAUGGAGUUGUCUUUCUUUUUUUUUACAAUGCAAAAAUGUGUGAAUAUAUUGUUGCAUAUAUUAUGUGUAGAAUAUUUGUAUGAAUUACAUACGAGAGGUAGGAACGGAGCGGUUUCAGUCGUAUCAAACGUGGAUGUUGAGAAACGUUGGGGAGAUGUAAGUUGAGCAUCUCUCCUAAAACACAAACACUGUUGUAUUUUUAUGUUCAUGGUAAAGCUAUAAAAAAAUAUGAAUUUGAAAACUUGAAGAUUUGCACUUGUUUAACAAAAAAAAACGACAAAAAAAAGUUAGGGUAGGUUGAGGUUUUUUUUGUGAGAGCGUGUGUAAGCGUAAGAGAGAUGAAGUCUGCACAAAUUUUAUUGCUUAUCGACGUGUAUAAAACAAAUGCCAUGCUUUUAUUUUGUUCAACACAAUUUUGUACUUCAUUGAGCGUGUGUGCGUGAAUGGACAGAAGUAGUUUGUGUUGCCGCUUUUUUUUGUACAUAGGCUCUUAAAGAGACCGAUAGGACAGUCAAGCAUUGCGUUUUUACCCUCCAGUGUUUCAAAGCAUGACUGAGGUGCUGUUUGGCCCGUUUGGCUCUGUUCUAAGAGGGCAAUCGGGGUUUGUCUAUGGUGUAUAAAUGUAGCUCCUCUGUUGUCUGUACACAAGCUACUUGCAUUACAACUAUUCCCCUUUCGCUCAUUCUCAGUCCACGAUGUGAAAUGUUGCCUUCUGUCCAGAAAGUGUGUCUGCGUGCAUGUGUGUAUGGAUUCAGUUGGCUGGUAUUUUGAGACAGUCACAAGGGCACUGUGAUUCUGUAUGUCAGUUGUUACUUUUCUUUUCUUUUUUUUUGUUGCUGUUUAAAAAGGAUGAAUGAUUUAUUUUUUUAUUGUUCUAUACAAAGUAUUUGAACUUUGAGUUGGAGCACUUUCUAGGCUGCUACCUUGUAUUUUUUUUGAAUAAUGUUUUUUAUUUGUUAGGGGUUUUUUUUCUUUUUAAUUUUUAUUUGCCUCUUGAGGAUGUUGUAUUAUGAAUGAAUGUAUUCCAAAACUAUGUAUAACAGUGCAUCUAACAACAAGGCUUGAGUGUCUCUGAGUGAGACGGGAUACGCCUCACCAUUCGGAAUAUGCCUAUUGUCAGAGGUCAGAUUCUGAGAUGCGCUUGGCCUGUAUCAAGCCGACGGUCUCCGGCUGCUAGUGCUCUUCCAGAACUUUCUCACAGCACCCGGAGAUUCUGUUCGUCUCCCAACAUCUUGAUGGAACUGUUGUUCUGCCGUCCUGUUACUUAUGGUCUUGAUACCAGGCCAUUGAGAGCCAAGGAUCUGCAGUGUGUAGCAGUAAUUUUUUUUUUUUUUUGGAAAGACAGAAUCUAUUUUUCCCCCCAAUCCAUGAGUUUUGGGAUUGAAAUAUGUGAUGUUUUGCAUCAUAAAUGUUUAUUCACCUGAGUCCUCUGAAUAGGAAGAGACUGAGGAUCGGAACAGAGGAGAUUUCGGUACUUGAUCUGUAGAAAAGAAAAAAAAAAUCCUGCUUUAAGCGUAUUUCACUCUAUUCUGACUGGAUUAUAUUUUUGUAAAAAAAAAAAAAAAAAAUGAAAUAACAAAAGACAAUGACUGAAAACAAGCACGGAGAGGUGGAUAUCAGCACUAACUCAAACGCCAUCCUGGAGUCCGGAAAGGGGUGGCAACCAGCUGCAUUUUAGUGCUACACACAGAGAGUAAGACGGAGGGAAUACAUGCGGAUCCAUUUCAUCCUUACACCAAAGGGAUGGAGUUUUCUGCGUCCUUUGAGCUGCAAUCCCUGCUUCUCUCUGCAACACUAUCAAAUGAAGGAUAUUCCUACAGCAUUUGAAAAAAAAAAAAAAAAAAGUGGUCAUAUUGAAUGUUUGAUUUAAAAAAAAAAGAAGAAAAAAACAACAAAAAAAAAACCUUUAUGCCUUUUUAGAAGAUUUACUGUGUGGAGAAACCGCAGAUUCUCACGUCUAUCAAUCAUAUUUCUUCAAAAACUUCCUUACCUGCUGUGGGUUGAGGAGCCUAGAUGUGAUGAAUGUUUGGAGAGGAGAUGAACUGAAGCAAUCUCUUCUUGUUUCUUCACGCACUUCACUUGAACUAAAUCUCAAGGACACAGACUUGUCAUGAUUGUCUGUCAAUACAAUGAAAACUAGAGAGUAUUACAGCAAUUGUUGGUUUUAUGAAGUUCAUGGGAUGCUUGUGAAACAACUAAACUGCAGUGAAGCAGUUCUUCCAGGACGGACAUAACCUAGAUCUCCCUGCUGGGACCAUCACAACAACCAGUAUGCAUCUUCUGAUGUUUCGAACUGGAUUAAGCAAGAGACCACAACUCUUUCUCUACUGUAUCUCUCUUUCGUCCUGACAGCAUAGAAUGGGACCCACAGGCGGACUAGGUGUGUGCAUGCGUGUGAAGAGACUUUGUAUGUGUCUUUACAAAGACACUCGUACAUUCUCCCGUCUCGAUUGUGGGUGAGGUGGGGACUGGAUGUCCUGUAAAUAAUGUAAAUGAUUUUGGUCCCUGUUUGUUGAGUUCUGUCCAUCUUAGGCCAUCAUUUUGGGUGUUUGACAUGCCUUAAUUGUACAAAAUAGAACUGCCCUGGUCAACAUUAAUGUAACACUCUUUAGAAAAACAGCACAGGCUAUAUCUACACCACUCAGUCAUCUAAAGGAAUCUGAGCCUGGCUGAGGAUGUUUCCCCCCUUCAUUGACUUCACUCAUCAUACCAGGCUGUGGGAUGUUUCCCACAGUGUUUUGUGUAUUGUUGGUAUGUUAACGUUCAAGUGAAUAGCGGCAAUUAUUGACAUGUACAGAUAAAGGUUGAUGAACUUUGGUAUAUGCUGAAAUCUGAAAAAGAAAUAGUAAAAGUAAAAAAAAAAAAAAAAACAAAAAGAGGUAGUUUGCCUCUCAGCUCGACGUUAAAUUUUUUUUUUUUUUUAAAUGAUUAGGUGGGUACAGAACAUGGGGCUUAGUUUUGCUUUGAAGAUCAAAAUAUGUUAAACUGAAAAUAAUAAAAAAUAAAUAAAUGCUGA